UCUGUUGUCCCUGCUCAGUGCUCACCUUAAGUACUAAAAUUAUCACUAUAAAUUAAAAUAUGUUAUAGGGCAUGUCGUAACGAGACCCACAGUUCGCUAUUGUAUCUGAAGCACAGAAUACACGAAAUGAGAGUUCUCGUUAAAUGAGUGCAUGCCAUUCAAUUAUAGUUAACAACUCGUAAAAAGUUUUUGGUGAAGUGAAUAAUAAUUGUAGACGUGACGUCUUGACUACGUGAGAAAUUAUAAUAACUGAUACUUAGAUCAUAAACUAGUAUAUACAAGUAUAUGAUCUAAGAACUGAUACAUAUUGUCCAUCGGCGUCCGUCAUAAGUCUUAUCUAUUGUUACCAUGACAAAUUAAUUUGUGUCCAUUGCUGAUAAACAAUACUGUGUUGUUUGUGUCAAUUUUUCGUAGAUAAUAAAGGUUCUUCAUUCCUGGUAUUCCUGUACAGUAUUUCAAUUUGUGACCACGUUUCAGUCUACAGGGCACAGAAUUACAGAAUAAUAUUAAUUAAUUCCUUGAACACCAUGGCUGAAAACAGUUCUAAGUUUUGGUUCCUUACAUAUGAGUAUUUUAAAAAAGACAUUAUAAAACCAGAGGACAAUUUGGUAAUAUUAGUGCAUUGGUUGUUGUUGAGAAACAAUUUCCAAGUACUUGGACUUGAUAAUGAGGACAAAGCUAACAUAGAGCAACCGACUGAUAUUUUACCUACAAAUUGGACUGAAAAGGAAAUGUACAAGUUGCAUUACAAGCGUGGCGAGGAAUUGUUUGUGUUGAGUGGUGUCAAAGCUUGUGAUAGUUUUAUUUUCAAUCUGUAUAAUGUAUUAACAAAACAUGUGGCAAGCGCUGCGAUUGGAAAUGUUAAUUCUACAGUGAAAUGGAUCAGUGACUCGGUAAAUAAUAAAGAUAAGUUCUAUGAAACGAUUCAUUUGUUAGAAACUGACCUAAUUAAACCCAUGCAAAAAGAAAAUGAGGAUAAGACAAAUGUUGGCACUCAGACCAAAAAAGCGGAUGACGUGUCAAUAGGACAAUUCUCUAGUCAUCCGCCUGGUUAUCAGCCUGAACCGUCGUUCAGCCCAAUAAGUCAGUAUCCAUCAUACGGCAUGCCAGAUUUGAAUCCUUUAGGAGGUGGUGGUAUGCUCUUUGAUCCACUUAUGCAGAGAAGACGGCCAAAUAAUGGACCAGGGAUUCCUCCUUUGGCACGUUUUGAUCCAACCCGCCCGAUCAAUCCAGAUCCAAUGAUGCCUGGCAGCUUUAGUAGACCCCGUCCAGAUCAUAUGAGACCACCAGAUUUUGAUGAUAGUUUGUAUAUGUAAAAUAAUCGUGUAAAAAUCAUUCAAUUUCUCUAUAAAUAUUAUUUUAAUUUCAUCAAAAUAAAGUUUUAAUUAUUUACUAAA